AUGCCUCCACGAAAUGUAAGUGCUCAGAAAGAGGUUGUGUGUCGUAGACGUCGUGCCCUUGAAAAUGUCAUCAUUUCCUUGGCAAACCGCAGUGCUGCUCCAAGUGGUGGCCAAUCCACUUUCGAUAGAUUCGAUCGACAUUGUCCACCCACCUAUGAUGGAACUGCUGAUCCAGUGGUACUUGAAGGGUGGUUAAGAGAAAUGGAAAAGUUGUUCAAUGCCACGGGCUGCCCACCCGAGGAUAGAGUAGCUAUUGAGAGAUUCUACCCUGAUGAACUUUGUUGGAAAAAGCAGGAAGAGUUUCUCUAUCUGUCUCAAGGUUCCCUAUCCAUCCAGGAGUACACGGACAGGUUUACUGAAUUGUCCCGUUUCGCUACCUCUAUCAUCCCUACUGAAGUUGAAAGGGUAAAGAGGUACAUCAAGAAGAUGGAUCCUAGAGUGAGAAUCCAUGUGCUGAGCUCAGGCGUUGCUUCUUUCCAAGGGGCUUAUGAGAUUGCUCUUAGUAUCCAUGCAUCCAUAAUUGACGAAGAAGCUGCGAAGGUUGCAUCUGCAAGGAGACCUUCAGUGCCUUAUUCUCAAGUUCCAACUAAGAAGCCGAGGGUCGAUAAUGCUGGAAUAAGUGGUGAUCGGAAAAGUUCUGGUCCUCGUCAGAGUUCUGUCUCGAAGAAGUGCUAUAGGUGUGGCAAAGACCAUCAUCCAGGGAAGAACUAUGAUGGCACUACGUUUGUCUGUUACCUUUGCAAGGAAGAUGGCACAAGUCUUAUCAGUAUCCCAAGAGACACUUUCAUUUUAAAAUCCAACUUGUCUUUUAGUUCUCCUGUGAAAUCCAUUAUAACUCUUCCUUCGGGAGAGGAUUUUUCCUGCCAUCGGGAGUUUAAAGGAGUCCCUGUGGUUAUCUCUGGGUUUGAAUUAUAUGCUGACCUUAAGGAGUUUCCUAUGAUUGAGUUUGAUAAAAAUGUGAAGAUCAUGUCUGCAAUGAGAAGGAAGAAGCUUCGACAUAAAGGUGAUAUCGUGUUCCUCUGUAGAGUUAAGGACUUGUCUCUCGAAGAUCAACUCAAGAGCAUUCCUGUUGUUUGGGAAUAUCAUGAUGUUUUCCCCGAGGAGUUACCUGGUAUCCACUUGAAAGGGAUGUAA